AUGGCCCUGUGCGUAUUCCUAGGCCUGAAGAACACCCCACUCGGGGUGCUGUCUGGACAUUCCUAUGAGCGCCUGAACUUUUUCCACCGUCUUGCAGGCUACGCCGCUGUCCUUCAACUGGUCCUUCAUGCUGUCUUCUAUCUGAUCUACUAUGGUAAUCAGAAACGCUGGAGUGUCUUGCUUGAGGAACAGAAUUGGGAGGGUAUUGCUGCUGGCGUCGCAAUGAUUGUCCUCCUUUUGGGUAUGGCCAGAAACCUGAGAUACGAGGCUUUCUACAUCAGCCAUCUCCUAGGGUUCCUCCUUGCAAUUAUCUUCACUGGCCUUCACAGGCCUCAUUGGGUGUGGAAGAUCCCCGUGGCAAUGAUUUUCGCCGGCGCAAUUUGGGCCAUCGAUCGUUUCAUUAGGGGGUCGAGAAUGCUGUACAACCUGGUCAACAACAGCGCAACCAUUUACCAGCUGCCUGACAACGGAGUGAGGAUGGUCAUCAAGAAGCCACUGGCAGGGGCUGUUCCAGGUUCACACUGCUUCGUUUGGAUCCCGAGUAUCCGAUCAUUCCAGACUCAUCCCUUCACGAUUGUGUCCAACACUCAAGCUGGGGGCUUAGAACUUGUCUUAAGAUCCCACAGUGGUUUCACCAAAGCUGUCUAUGACUGCGCCAAUAGUGAGACUGGGACAUCAGUAUGGGCAUCUGUUGAUGGGCCGUACGGUGCCUUCCCGAACCCGAAAAACUACGACAGGGUGGUCCUGAUUGCUGGCGGUACUGGGGCCACCUUCACCUUUGGUCUAGCUGCUAGCUUGCUUCAGCAUCUGGAGUCGGACUCCGACAGGCAUGUAGACUUCAUAUGGGCAGUACGGAAAAGAGAGAACCUGGAAUGGUUCGCGGAGCACCUUCAGACAUUGUGCCGGCAGCCGUCCGGGAUGAAUAUGUUACUUCACGUCACAAGGAAGGACUCAGAAGAAUCUUUGAGCGAGUCUGUGGCACAGGACACCAUUGAGACACAAGUCCUGGAGAGAAAGCCGACCGGUCAGGAUAUUACUGGUACAACUUCAUCCACUAUCGUGCCAGCAGCUAUCCCGCCACAGACGGCUGUCAAGACAAUCAUUGAGGCCUCAGAGAAGGGGAGACUCUCGCAGGAUCUGGAGAGUCUCUGUGAUAUCAAGUAUGAUAAGCUGGAAGCUGAGAAAGCAAUUGGUCAGACCUUGCAGGCGAUGCGGUCCGGGCAGCGUGUGCUCAUUGCUUCUUGUGGUCCGCAAUCACUGACUGAUCUCGUGCGGAUGACUGCCGCGCGUCACAUUGCCAAGGGUGAGAUCAGCAUCGAAGUUCAUUGUGAGACAUUUGGAUGGUAA